AUGCUCAGAUCACGCACACUCCAUCGACUCAUCCCCUGCACGCUGCUGCUCCUCGUCUCCCUCUCCAGCUCAGGGGAGAGCCGGCCUCACUCCGAGGCCCACGAAGGCACACCUGACGUGGGCGGGACCGAGAGCCAGAAGGUCCUGCUUUUGGAGGCGGUGAAGACGGGGAUCCUCAGCUCGUUGGGUAUGGACAGGGAGCCCAGGCCAACCCAAAAGGCCACGGUGCAGGAGUUGAAGAAGAUGCAUCAGCUCUACACAGACAAACUGAGAGUGAUGAGAGGAAAUGCCAGCCAGUCGAUGAGGGAAACCGGGCAGUCCACAGUUUCUACUGUCCUCUUUCCAGCCACAGUGGAGCAAGUGAAAGUGCUUUGGAAAGAAAAACACCCACAGUCAGAUCGACACAUGCAGUGGCACAGAGCUGUUUUCCAUAAAAACCCAAACAUUCAGACUGAACUGACACUCACUCGGGCAGAACUGAUGAUUUCCAGGCAGAUCAUAAAUAAACACACAUCAGCUCAGCCUGAGGUAAGACGAGACAUUAAAGUUAAAGUCAACGGGAGGAAGUCAAUGAACUCUCCUGCUUGGACACAGACAGACAUUCCCGUCCAUGGCAACGUGUCCAGCACUCAAGAUGUGAUGUUGGACAUCAGCCCUGAGGUGGAGAAGUGGAUGAGAAGUGAUGGCGGUCAGGCUCUGGUGGUGGAUGUAGGGAUGGUUGUGCUUGACAGAGAUGCCCUCGAGGCAAACCCAACCAUUUCUCUGGAAUUAGGCCUCGUGCAGCCAGAGCCGGCAGAGAGGAGACGUCGCUCCAACAAGGAGGACGACUGCGACGAACGGGGUUGGUGCUGCCGGAAGUCACUCGCCGUGUCCUUCAAGGACAUCGGCUGGACGGACUGGGUGGUGGCCCCGGCCGAAUACACAAUGCACUACUGUGACGGCACCUGCCCACACAACUACAAGCCAGCCAGCAUGCACACACAGGUGAAAUCUCGGCUGCACCAGAUUACCAAAGGUGGGACACCUCACCCCUGCUGCGUGCCAGCCACCUACGAGCCCAUGGUCCUCAUGCACUAUGACAGUAGGGGAAAGUUAAAGCUGACACCUUUCGAUGACUUGAUUGUCAGUAAAUGUCACUGUGCCUGA